ACUAAAAAUAUUAUUGUGUUUUAUUUAAAAGCAAAAUGUACGCUUUAGAUUUUCUCUUUAUUGCCUUUGUGUAUUUUGCUGCAUGUCAUAUUCAAGAGAAACCAGUUAGAGCGCAAGAAGUGCAACUGCCACCAGGCCAAGAAUGUCAGAUGACCCCUGUAAUACACAUUUUGAAACAUCGCGGAUGUAAGCCGAAAGCCAUUCCAUCUUUUGCCUGUAUUGGAAAAUGUACCAGCUACGUACAGGUCUCAGGUAGCAAAAUUUGGCAAAUGGAACGUACUUGCAACUGCUGCCAAGAAGCAGGUGAAAGAGAAGCCACAGUAGUGUUAUACUGUCCUGAUGCAAAAAAUGAAGAAAGGAGAUUUAGGAAGGUCUCCACCAAAGCUCCAUUAGAAUGUAUGUGCCGUCCAUGCGGCAGUAUUGAAGAAAGUGCAAUUAUUCCCCAAGAAGUUGCGGGCUACGCUGAAGAAGGGCCGUUGUAUAAUCAUUUUAGAAAAUCAUUUUAAAAUUUAGGA